UUACACCGUCAUCAGCAGAAAAGGGUACACAUGCCUUUCUGGUCCUUUUUAGAAAGCUUUUCACAAUGACGUCCUUCCGCUGCAGCCUUACGGAGAUUCACCAACAGAUAGAUGAAGUCAAGAGAUUUCUGUCGGUGACUCUUGCCAUCGCUAAUGCUCACACAGUCGAGUUUUAUACCCAAGACGUGUGGAAGCGGUUCAUGGCUGUGUCGCCUCAGGAGGUGCUGUCAGCGAUCAGUUCCGGCAGUUACCAGCAGGUGGAGACAAAACACAAAGAACUGGAGCAUUCCAGGACUGCAUUCGGGUUUUGUGUUGAUUCAAACCGGCUGGUUGAUAUCCACGAGCUGUUGGAGGCAGCCAAGGCCCGAUCCCUGCCUGGCCUUGGGGUGUGUGUGAGCAGGGAUGAGCUGUUGCAGCGCCUCAGAGGCAGCGAGUCGGAGUCUGCAGAAAACACCAGCGAACUGGAUCCAGAUGAGUUCAUGAACUUUAAGAAGUCCCAUGAAGUCCAGUGCAUGUCUAAAGUGGUGGCCGGUUUGGCUAAGCACUGUGGAGUCAAACAGGUGAUAGAUGUGGGGUCAGGGAAGGGCUACCUGAGCUCCUUCCUGUCACUGCGGUAUGGCCUUCAAGUGUUCGGCAUCGAUUCCUCUGAUACUAACACCCAUGGUGCUCAGGAGCGGAACAGAAAGCUUAAGAAGUUCUCACGAGCAUACCAGAAACACAAAAAAGCAGCAUGGACACAAGUGGAAGCUCCAUCCUCGCUUCAAGAAGAGAUGGUAGAAAUAAAACCUGAACUGAGUCAGGACAGCUGUGCUCAGCAGGAAGAGGGGCUGUCCGUCAACGCUUUACACUCUGCUGCAGAAACACAGGCAGAGCUGAAUCCAGAAGAAGGAGAGUUUUUUCUGAGGGCUCUUUCAGCAGAUGUGAUUCAGCAUUCAUCCCCAAGAUUUCCUCCAAGUCAGCUCAGCGCUGAGGAGAGGGAGAGGAGGAAGAGAGAGAACCUGGAGAAAAAGGCUCGGACCAGAGGAGAAAGCUCCAGUGGCGUGUUUUCACCGCUCACGUCGUAUGUCACGGCAGAAACUGAGCUGAGAGAGCUCAUCACAGAGCUGGAGGAAGCCAUCCUGGUUGGCCUGCACACGUGUGGAGACUUGGCUGCAAGCACCCUGAGGAUGUUUGUGGCUAAGCCGGAGCUGUCCGCAGUCUGUGGCGUGGGCUGCUGCUAUCACCUACUCUCUGAGGAGUUUAACCCAGACGGACAGGAGAAGCCUCUGCAGACUGCGUGUGGUUUCCCCCUGAGUCAGUACCUCCGCCAUCAGUCCUGGUUCUGUGGCAGAAAUGCCAGGAUGUCAGCAUGUUUGGCGCUGGAGAGGGUCACCCUUGGCCAGAGUAUUCAGAUGGAGUCUUUGUUCUAUCGAGCCGUUCUUCACGUUAUUCUGAGGGACCACUACAGCUCCUACAAAAGUGAAAAGCGGGUCGGAAAUGUUUAUUCCAAAGCAAAAUCAUUUGUGGACUACGUUCGCCGAGCUCUGCACAGAUUGGAGCUGGAUGACUCAAAGCUUUGUGACAGUGACAUUCAGAGCUACUAUGACACAUACAAGGCACGGAUGGACGAGAUGCAUGCCUUUAACAUGCUGAAGGUGACCCUUGCACCAUGCAUAGAGGGUCUGAUUCUGCUCGAUCGCCUCUGCUAUCUGAAGGAACAGGAGGAUGUAUCGUUCUCUGCAUUGGUGCAGCUAUUUGACCCCCUUCUAUCCCCAAGAUGCUUCGCUGUUAUCGGACUCAAAAGUUGUCCUGUGAAUCUAAAACUCUGAGAAGUUUAUGCAUUUGCACAUUAAGAUGAUAUACAGACAUUUAUUAAGGAUUUUCAAUAUCUAUUUUUUUAUGAUUUAAAUAAUUGCAUUAUGG